AUGGCGACGUUCAAAUCGAUGCAGAAUUUCAAGCCCUAUGACCAUGAGGCCCAACUCAAGAAAUUCGAGACCAAGAAAAUCCCGGACGACGAAGAGGACCUGCCAUACGGCUACUGCUGCUUCUGCAAUUUGUUCGACACGAAUCUGGACAACGUGAUGAACUCGUUGCGGUUGCCGUGUGGGCAUGUUUGCUGCCCGAGGUGUCUUCACCUGAGCUAUCCACUGCUGCAGGCUAGCUACAAGGCGAAGAUUCAUAAACUUGGCACUGAGGUGGGUCGCUGGAAGGGUCAUGCAGACGAGCUUCAGGCACAAUGUGCUUCCGCCGCCGAUCUGUUGCUCGAACUGAGAAACCUGGACUGCGCAGAUUGCCAUCACCCGCUGAUCGAGUCCACGUCGACCAAAUUUGAAGUUAUUGACGGAUUGGUCAACUUUUUGGCAGUAUACGUGAGAAGAAAGGCCGAACGCGCCGAAUAUCAAGCCGACGACCCUGACCUACAGUCAGCUACAAGCCGCCGGCAGAUACGAUUCAAACGGGCAAUCGGAGAGGAAUACUCGGAAGGACCUGGCGAAUGGGCCGAAACGCCGUGUGACGCAGACGGCUUUGAGCUAAAUAUGUGUCUGACCCUGGAAGACCCGACACCCGGAAAA